AUGCCCCGCGAAAACAGAAAAAGAGGCAAGAAACACAAAAAGCCUGCCCCGGACGCAGACACAGAGCAACAACAACAUACCGCAGAACCAGAGCCUAAAGUCGAAGCUGGACCAUCAUGGAUCGUCCCAAAUCCCCAACAAGAGCAGGAGCAAGACUCGGAAGCACCUUUUGGGUACCUCGACGCGGACGUCAAGGCGUAUUUCCGGACGGUGGACGUGCAGAUGCGGCAGUGGCAGGAUAGGGAAGUGGAGGUGGAUGACGAGGAAAAACACACGUUCUUCCUCGCUGCCCUCACAGAGAUGACAGGGAAAGAAAAACAACUCGCGACUGACCCGGAGUGUUCGGUUGUGCUGGAGAGGAUGGUUCAUUCGAUGGAUGAUUUUGCGAGGAGGGUGUUUUUGGAUAGUUUGACGGGGUCGUAUGAAACACUAGCUCGACAUCGGUUCGCGUCGCAUGUCUGUCAGACCCUUCUCGAGGUUUCCGGGGAGACUGUUUCGAGGGAGACGAAAGGUAUACUACCUGAAAUACCACAAGGUGAUGCAAAAAAGGGACAUCUCCCAACGAUGACCGAACUCGUACUGGACUUAUGCGACGAACUCCUCCCUGUCCUCCCGCCGCUCCUCCACGACCCGUUCGGCUCACAUAUCGUCCGCGCGCUUGCUCUCCUGCUCUCUCCUACACCAAAUACACAUACACAAUCCCAGACAUCGAAACGCAGUAAAAGCUGGAAAGGCAAGCAAGGCGAGAUGCGAAGUCUCUUCAAGUCGGAAAAAGGGGAGGGGGAGAGGCCAAGGAGCUUCGACGAGGCGGCGAGGAAGAUCGUGGGUGCGUUCAGGGAGGGGAUGAGCGAUAAUGAGGUAAGGGCGUGUGCGGGGAGUAAGGUUGCAUGUCCUGGUCUUGAUGUUCUCAUCGAAGUUGAAGCCCAGCAUGGCAUGUCAAACGAAAGCGGGAGCCUGAUGGACCGCGUCUUAGUCGGUAUGGUCAGUCAAACGCUGAACUCUUUGACGCCCACCACCGAGUCGGACUACAUCCACACUCUCCUCCGAGACGCCACCUCGUCCCACCUACUCGAAACCAUCGUCAUCCAAUCUCCUCAACCGGUAUUUGACGUUCUCUGGUGUACGUACCUCUGCCCGGAGAACGGCGGUGUCGAACGGCUCGCGACACAUGCGGUCUCCAAUUACGUGCUGGCUCGAGCCGUGGGUAGGGCGAAUCCCACGCAGCUCGGUGGUUUGGGGACGGGGUGGUGGGGGAGGGCAGUGAAGAUGGGUAGGUUGGGUGUGGUUAAAGCUAUGGUGGAAGUUGGGGGAGGUGGGGAGGACGUUUGGAGUGCGUUGAAGGGCGCGUUUGGGUGCGAGGAGAAGGAUGAAGCGGAGGUGUUGGUUAGGGCUGUGAUGAGUUUGAAGACGGUUGAGGAUUACAAGUCCGCAGGUACACCUCCGGAGCCGAAUGUACAAGGAGCGUUGUUAUUGCAGUCCAUGCUGCGUCUCAAGGAUCCGUACAACGCUGGUAUCAUCGAGAGCAUCCUAUCCCUCCCCAUAACAUCACUCAUCCCCCUCGCCCAGCACCCCGUCUCCUCCCGCGUCCUUGACGUAUUCCUCGACUCUCCCACUGUCCCACACAAAGCCAAGCGCCGGCUCGUCCUAGCGUUCCUCGGGCACUUCCAUGAAUUGGUGGAUGAUAGGAUCGGGAGUCGGGUGGGGGAGAGGUGCUGGGGGUGGAGUGAUACGUAUAUGAAGGAAAAGAUUGCGCGGAGCGUGAUGGAUUACGAGCAGAGUUUGGCUGCGUCGUUUUAUGGGAGGUUUUUUAUUAGGGCGUUGAAUUUGUAUGUGUUGAAGAAGAGGCCGGGGGAGUGGAGGGAUUUGGUUGGGAAGGCGAAGGCGAGGGAGGAGAAGGAAGAGAAGGCUGAACCUCCUGUGGAAGAGGGCAAGGUAGAAGAGGAGAAAGAGGCAGAGAAACCGAAGCAGAAACGAAAACGGGAGAAAGAGAAGGAGAUAGAUGAGAUUGAGAUGGUGUUCAAGAAGGUGAGGAAGAAGGGCGCUUUGGAGGGAGACUUGAAGGAGAAGCGAGAAAAGCAUGCAGGUGUGUUGGAUGAUCGGGUUAUGGAGGCUAUUAGGUCUGCUCCUGGGGAGGGUAAGAAGAAGAGGAAGCGGUAG